AUGUGUCGAGAACCACAGCCAUUUGACCAGACUGAGUCUGUCCUAGAGGACUACGCCAACCUGCGGGGACCUUCAUUAUUGAAGGCCACACUCGGCCUACAGAAUCAUCGCCACGCCAGGUACAUCGGGGCCACUGCCGAAUAUGAACCAGCUCUCCUCGACCUGAGGUUGUACGAUGAUUCCAAAGGCGAAAGCCCUGCCGGCAAAGGGUCGUUUCGAAGGAUCAGUGAGGUUGAUCACUUUUGGCAGCUCCUGGAAGAUCCUGAGGACAAGAAAAGAGACGUUGAAACAUUGGAUACCAUCGAGAAUAUCGUAGCUCCUCAUGGAGAGGCACUCGUCAAGAUCUACUUCCGGAUCAUUCAUCCAAGUUUUCCAAUUCUACACAAAAGGGUCUUUCUGGAAAAGUACGGGCGGACACAUCGAGAAUUCUCACCACCCCUGCUUGCCGCGGUCUAUUUACUAGCUCUCAAUUGGUGGUCGUACAGCCCCGACCUGGUCGAAAUGCACAAGCCCGAGGUGGCCAAGCUGGAAGACUUGGCUAUUCGCGGUCUUCAAGAGGUCGCUCAAAGGGCAAAGCUUUCUACAGUGCAAGCGGGCUUAUUACUUCUGCAACGGCCGCGCCAGGAUUACUCGUGGAUGCUGACUGCGCAGCUUGUUGCAAUUGGUCAAGAUCUAGGAUUGCAUCUUGAUUGCAGUACAUGGCGAAUACCGUCAUGGGAGAAAGGUCUUCGGAAAAGACUAGGCUGGGCGUUAUUCAUGCAGGAUAUUUGGUCUGCUUUGGUAUAUGGCCGGCCGCCUCACAUUUCCUCCUCCAACUGGGCCGUGCAGGAAGUCACCGGAAGCGAUUUCCCGGAGAGCGCAGCUGAUGAGGACGAGGAGGACGGCAGCUCAGAGGUCGAAAAGGGACGUACACUCUUUAGCGCAAUGAUUGUCCUCUCGAAGAUGUUGUCUGAUAUCCUUGAGGCUUUAUAUUCGCAGAAAGCCGAAGCCGAAAUCCGUUUGGCGGUUGACACAACCAAAUAUGUGCUUGAGAGGGCGAAACCUAUUCAGCUCAAGCUGCGAGCUUGGUAUGCAGACAUGCCGGAGUGUCUUCGCAUGGACAGUCUGAAGGCGAGAAGACUUUCCUCCCAAGGUUAUCUCCAUCUAGCUUACUUCGCUCUUGAAAUAACACUGCAUCGGCGAAUUAUUCGAUCUCUGUCGUCAAACACUGAUCCGUACCUUACUCAAGUCUGCAGAUCAGCAGCCAAAGCCCGGCUUGUGAGCGCUCUGGACUUCUUCAACCGCUUGAAGCCAGAGCAUCUACAGUCUUUCUGGUAUUUCGCUUCCAAGGUGAACUUUGCCAUGAUCGGUGCCUUCAACGGCUUAUUAUGGGUCACGGCAAUCACUUCAGAGGAGGUCGAAGUCUAUCAGCGCCGCCUGCAGGAGUAUCGCUGGACACUGCGCGUCUCGAGUAAGAGCGCAGAGUUUCUUGAGAUUGCCAGCGGAAUUCUUGAAUCUGCUGUAGGGACACUUUUGAAGGCUGCAGAUACCAAUGCUGCCCUACGCCCCCUUCCAUCUUCAGUGGCUGGGACAGCCCAAUUUACGAGCGAAGGUGCAGCAAUGGAAGGAUUCUUUGCCGGUGCAGAAAGUGGCGUAUUCGACAUGGUUAUAGAAAGCUACAAUGUCAACACUGACCUAUCUACCCCGGUUUAG